UUUCAGGACGGUAUAUUCAAGGAAUCGGUGAGUAUUGGGAGAAUAGUUUUCAUCGCUUAUACAGCUUGCUAUCGCUCACGUAGUCUCUCCGCUUCAAAAUGGGAAUAAAGUUUUUGGAGUUUGUGAAGCCGUUUUGUGGUUUCGUGCCAGAAGUUUCGAAGCCUGAAAGAAAAAUUCAGUUUCGUGAAAAAAUGUUAUGGACAGCAAUUACAUUAUUCGUGUUUCUUGUUUGCUGUCAAAUACCCUUGUUUGGGAUCAUGUCGACAGACAGUGCAGAUCCGUUUUACUGGCUUCGGGUGAUUUUGGCCUCAAAUAGAGGAACACUUAUGGAACUUGGCAUUUCACCUAUUGUGACAUCUGGUCUAAUAAUGCAGUUAUUGGCAGGUGCAAAAAUCAUUGAAGUAGGAGAUACUCCAAAAGAACGCGCUCUUUUCAAUGGCGCGCAAAAAUUGUUUGGCAUGGUAAUCACGAUUGGACAAGCCAUUGUUUAUGUGGCAUCCGGUUUAUAUGGCGAUCCUACGGAAAUUGGUGCUGGUAUUUGUUUGCUCAUUGUUAUUCAACUUGUUGUAGCUGGCCUGAUUGUUUUACUUCUGGAUGAGUUGUUACAGAAAGGAUAUGGGCUAGGUUCUGGUAUUUCAUUGUUCAUCGCAACAAACAUUUGUGAGACGAUCGUUUGGAAGGCUUUUUCACCAGCUACAUUAAAUACUGGUCGGGGCACCGAAUUUGAAGGUGCGAUCAUUGCACUUUUCCAUUUACUUGCUACCCGAAACGACAAAAUUCGAGCACUGCGUGAAGCGUUUUAUCGACCAAACUUGCCAAAUCUGAUGAACUUGAUGGCUACAGUACUUGUAUUUGCUGUGGUUAUAUACUUCCAGGGAUUCCGCGUUGACUUGCCGAUCAAGAGUGCCCGGUAUCGUGGACAGUACAGUUCUUAUCCAAUUAAACUUUUUUAUACAUCCAACAUUCCAAUUAUCUUGCAGUCUGCUCUCGUAUCUAAUUUGUAUGUUAUUUCACAGAUGUUGGCUGCAAAAUUUGGCGGCAAUAUCCUGGUCAAUUUGUUAGGUACGUGGUCGGAUGCAGGUGGUUAUCGAAGCUAUCCAACUGGUGGCAUUUGUUAUUACUUAUCACCUCCAGAAACGUUGGCACAUGUUAUUGAAGAUCCUAUGCACUGCUUUGUAUACAUUGUUUUCAUGUUAGGUUCAUGCGCGUUUUUCUCGAAAACAUGGAUAGACGUAUCUGGGAGUAGCGCGAAAGAUGUUGCAAAGCAAUUAAAGGAGCAACAAAUGGUAAUGAGAGGCCAUCGUGAGAAAUCAAUGAUCCAUGAGUUAAAUCGAUAUAUUCCAACAGCUGCUGCAUUUGGUGGUUUGUGUAUCGGAGCCUUAUCAGUCACUGCUGACUUUAUGGGUGCGAUCGGCAGCGGUACUGGCAUCUUGUUGGCAGUAACAAUAAUAUACCAAUAUUUCGAAAUAUUUGUUAAGGAGCAACAAGAAAUGGGAGGUGUAGCAGGAAUGUUUUUCUAAUAUCUGAUUGUUAAUUGUGGAAGAUUAAGUUUUGCCUUCUCAGUUUGUUUGUUUGAUUAAGCAUGAGAUAUACUAAGAAUAAAAUGGAACAUCAAAGAAGUAUCUUUAGUAUCCAAUUUGAUAUUUGCUCUCUUUAGAAACUCUCCAUGUAACGACAGUCACUUCUGCAGUUACAUAUUCCUUAGUUUUUCUGUUUUUGCUAGGUAUGCUCAUGAUAUAAACAUUAUCCAAGGAGUAGAGCUGAUGAUUCUGUUAAUAAGUAUAUUUGGUUCAUAUUUUAUACUAUAUUUCUCAUGUAAUUUAUCUUCGAACUGGAUUUCAUUUGCGUUAUAGAAAUAGUUUUACAUCCCGAUGAUGGGUGUGAUACUAUGAAAAUGUUACCAUUUAAUUUAUUAGUUGCAGCGAGUCUUGAAGUAGUUCUUUUUUUCUUUUUUUACGUUUACAUAAUCCCUUACAAAUAUGGUUUUAUCAACAGGAAAUUUGUAAACCACAUUCUCAAGAAAUCUUUCAGAACCUUGCAUGCUGUGUUUUGUCAUAUUGUCUCGAGUGCGUCAUUGUGGUAGUUCCACUUAAGUAUUUGGGCAGUUGUAAUGUAGUUAGAAUUCAUACUAUAUUGAAAAAUGAAACUUUGCAAGUGUGUGAUUGGUUGACAGUAUCUCA